GUCAAAUCGUAAAAUUCUAUAUGUCGGUAUGUUUGCAGACCAGCCUAGUUUAUCGGAUAGGAGGACUCGAUGACCAAGUCGACGAGCAAGUAUUGCUUGGCGUUUUUGUCCCGUUCGGCGAAGUAAAGGAAGUAACAAUUCCCCUAGAUGCCGGAACUGGAUUGAAGCGAGGUUUUGGAUUUGUAGAAUUUGAAGAUGCGGAAGAUGCAGCGGAAGCGCGUGAUAACAUGAAUAAUGCUGAAUUAUUUGGGAAAGUGAUUAAGGUAACCUAUUCGAACCGCAUGAAGCCGUCUCUCAUAUCUCAGAAGCCUAUUUGGGCCCAGGUCGAUGACUUGGAGCAGUUUAUCGCAGAAUCUAAUAAGGAAAGUAAAAAGGAAUGAUCAACU